CGUUUCUGAGUUUGGACCUCAAUUUUGUAUAACGUGGAUCUUUAAAAGAACAAACAAAAAGCCCCAAGAGGACCAGUGCGCGGAGGCUGCAGCGGGACUGAGGAUGCUGUCAGUGCUGACUUACUUGUUAGAUUAACAGUCACUGUCCGACAUUGUUUUGUAGUUUGUCACUGGAUCUACCGCUUUGAUUCCACCACUGUCCACAUCACUCUGGGGUCUUGUGAGUUUUCUCCAAACGCCCCGGACCGUGCGUUUCCCGCUGCGCCGCCAUGUGUGCGCUCCUGCCGGCCUGGCUGUGGCUGCUGCUCGGCCUCCUGCCCCUGGAGGUCCAGUCCCGGGCUCUGAGUCUGCGGAGCCUCCCUCCGCGACACAGGUCCUGUUCACCGAGACACCCAAAUUCUUCUCCUCACGCCACCAUUGAGCCAACGGUGUCCGAUCUCAAUGUUGCCAAUGACAACCACAUCACACAGGGAGACGGACAUUUCAUUUGGAGAGUCCUGCUGCACAAAAAGCCCCCGCUAAGGUUGUCUGACCCACCGCUUGACCAAAGCGACAGUCUGCAGCAGGAAGCGCCGGUUCGGCGGCGUGGGUCAAGAGGUCGUCGUCAUGCCAACGGUGGCAGUGGAAGGGGCCACGGUCACCUGAUGAGGGUGGGGUGUGUCCUGGGCACCUGUCAGGUUCAGAACCUCAGCCACCGUCUCUAUCAGCUGAUUGGACAGAGUGGGAGGGAAGACUCCUCCCCCAUUAACCCUCGCAGUCCUCACAGUUACGGCUAAGAUCGCAAUUCAGCAAUGUGUUUACUGACAAAUUUUGGCAAGUUGCCCAGGCCUUGUUUCUUCAGUGACAUAAUUAAGGACCAAAAAUGAGGCUUUGGCUUUAGUCCUUAAAACAAUUAUUGUGGUUUAUUACAAUUUAGGUCUGUUAGUUGUAGGUUUGACUAUUAUUCACAUUAGUAAUAAGAUCUAGGAAUGAGUCGACCUUGCAAAAAAGAAGCCAGACAAUGCAAGAAACACAAGCAGACCAAAGGGGAAUGGUAGAUAAAAAGGAAUAAUUUAAAAAGAUAAUCCGUGAUUAUGGACACAACUUCCCUGAAAAAACUUUCUACAGCAAAGUUGUGUUAGAACUUGUUAAUCAAGCUGCUGUAUUUUAAUGUUCUUUCACUUCAAUUUAGUUUUAGAUAAAGCAGUGCCUUAUCUCUGCGAUGAUAAUGUAGUCAGAGCAAAAAAAGCAAAAACAUUCAAAUGUAAGAAAAUCAAUUAUGACAUUACUAAAUAAUGACUUACGGCAACUCACCUUCCCUCCAAAAUGACAUUUCAUCCUUUAUCAUGAUGUCUGAUAUGAUAUUUUAUAUUUUAGAAAAACAUUUUAAUCUGCAUAAUCAAUAUUUAUCAUAAUAACAAUGCAUAAGUAUGAAAAGGACAGACUAUAGUGAAUUAUCACUUGAAUACGCUCAGCUCUACAGGGCUCUCAUCAAGUAUCAGCUCAUAGUUUAUCGGACAGAAGCAGUUAGCGAAGUGAGCCAGAAUCAAAAGAGGGUGAAUAUUGCAACGUUUAGUGAGUGAUCAGAAACAUGGCACUAUAUAGAUGAUAACUUUUGUGCUAUAUCUGCUAGCAACUCCGCUAACAAGGCCGCUAUUUUAGUGUAGUGGUGCUCAUAGGCUUAGCAUAAAGUGACGAUUGGCUAUUUGGAAGUUGUGUUCACAGCUCGUUUCUGUUGCUGCCAUGUGGCCAAUCUGACACUGCAGCUUUAAGGAUGCGUUCAAUAGAGGUUAUUGUUUCAGUAUUAGUAAAUGUACUUUCAGAUUAACUUGAAUGCAGUGGUGCUAGCGUUGGUCCCAUCAUUUCCCAGAUGUUUACAGUCUGAACUCCAUAGUUCCACUUUUUAUCGCCAUCAUUUCAGAUAUACUCACGUUUUGGUUUUAUGCCUAAACGACUUAGGUACACACUGGUAAAAUGUUUCACGUGUUUGAUUAUCUGACUAUGGUGAAUCUACCAUGUUCGCCGAUCUCAGCCAGUUGCUCAAAGGGAUAGAAAUAUAAAGGUGGUUAUAGAUACGAUGAUCAACACAAUGAAAAUAAGAUAUAAUUAACCAGAAUUUCUCUUUGUUUUCCUUCACAUUAUGGCAUUUAAUUCCAUGGCUUUGUUGGCCCGUGGAAAAGGACCACGUGUGUCCUGGGUGUCAUUUAUACAGUAAUAAUCCCUUUAGACACUUUGUGUGUAGAAGGAAACCUGUGAAUGAGAGCAGCCUCUGUCAAACCAUCCCCCUAAUGUCUGCUAUCGUCACCAGAGGGGACCCCGCUGAUCUGAACUUACCCGAGCUCUGAGUUAAUCCAGUCCAUCUCUCAAAAGCUCCUUUGCCUCCCUCCGCAAACAAGUAGCUUUACUUCGGUGUGGAAAAACCGAGAAUAACCUCCAGCCAACCCCUGUUAACCCUUCACCCAAAACCCCAGGUGCGCACCAUCAGCCAAAAUAACCACUAACCUUAAUCCAUGAUCCGUCUGCACACGUUUUAACAGAGAGCUUCUCUUAACCGACUUAGUAAGUGAACCGGAGAGAAGACACCUAUAUCCUCAAGUGCUUUUUACCUGUGAACUGUAAAUCUGAGAUGCAAUGUUUUGAUUUUGCCACUACAAAGUCUGUUUUUGAGCCUUCAUUGGUUUAAUCAGUUUAGGGGGGCCUUAUGGUCUUUUGCCUUUCCCCGAUCCAAAUGAGGAACAUCACGCUGAAUGUUGACCAUCAAAGUGUUACUUAAAGCUUUGUGGGCUUCUGCUUCUCUGUGUAUCAGUUCAGCAUAACUCCAGUUUCAGUCGGUGCCCUCACAGGUCAAAUGUUAAUAGGAAUGCAUGAAAGCACUUUAUUCUUCGUUAUAUUCAUAAUGACUUGAAAUGUGAAAUUUGAAAUGUGUUAUUUAACGUUAAAUUAAUGAGACCAUUUUUGCUGUGAAUAUUCCGCUUGACUAAAUUUUCAUGUUUAUGUGAGAGAAGUGUCCUUUCAUCUAAUACUUUGUUCAUACAG